GAAUAUACUUAUUAAUGUUUUCGGUUUUCGGUCCUCGUGCUUUCUAGUUUUCCUACCCGAUAGUGACUAGUAAACGGGUGAUAUUUGCCUCCCUUCAUGUUCCUGACGAUCUCUACCCUUUCUUCUGACGCUCGAGUGCCUACAUCAAGACGAGACCACCGCCACAUAAACGUCCCGACCCCCUUCAUACCCCGCGUGGCCUUCGUUUUCCGGCCGAUAGACCGUCAACUUGAGAUUAGACCUUAUCUUUACAAAGCUUUAGCGCUGCCUCAUCCUAUAUUUUGUUCGUAACUCAUUCAACAAUUCUUCGAUAUUCUAUAGCUCGACAAAGAUAUUCUCACAGGAAAACAAUCCACAUAUAUUUCAACUGUCUAGAAUCUUGGCAUUGGGAUAAUUUCACAGCUUCUAUGUACUACAUUGCAUGUCCCUGUUGAUCGACUGCAUACGACCAUCCUGCCAUUUUUCUAUAUCCUUCCUCACCCUGGGUUUGGACAGCUGCUUUAACUUCUAUCAACCUCUACCGAACGAGCCACGAUUAGACCCUUGUUUUUGCCUCCUCCACACAAUCUGCCCAGCUUCCCAUCGUCUAACCUCGAACUACUGCCACACUCGCCACAAUCCUUAUAUCGACUUUUACCACUCCGUGUUCGAAUUGGUCUCGGAUUCAAAGCUCUCUUCUAGACUCUGAGUUGUACUAUCUUUUGUUGUAGUUGAGCUUUUCGCAUCAAGUCCUCUUUCACCAACGAGUCACACUAAAUUACCCUUUUGCUCAUUCAUUAUCAUUGCGCACUCUCCUCAUACUUCAGUGGGUGAUUGAUCCAUGGGAGACUCAUCAGUCGUCGGGUCCAGAUCAAACGAUGGCGGAUUCCCAGAUACUUCACAAGUUCUAACGCAAGAUGCUGCGCAGAAUCCAGGAACAGAGUCUCAACAGGAUAGCUCAAGGAAAGCCUCGAACAGACCCUCGCAGUUGACCAGCCCUCAGUCAAAUUACGCCUCGAACUUGGCAUAUUCUCAACAUCCCACGUCGCAUGCAACACCGGAAUCUUUCAACAUGACAACACUUAGUGUUACGCUUCCAGAUAUGUCUUACCAGAACUAUGGCCAACGAUUUCCUCAAAGCCCCGGCGCUCCCUUGCCUUAUAUGUAUCAGACGCAGUUUGCAAAUCAAGGCAUCUUAAGUCCUCCGCCUACCGCUUCGUCGUAUAGUACACCCUACCAGAUGCAAUACGGAGUUUAUGCGCCAAAUCAGCAAAUGCACCAACAGCACAUGCAUAUGGCCACCGCCAACCAUCAGUUCUAUUUUGGUCAAGGAUAUAUGGGACAACCGCAUCAGCAACAACCGCAACAACAACAAACAGGGUCGCAAUAUUAUAUACAGCCCAGCAGCUAUGGACAACAAAGCCAAAUCUAUACAGGAAAUCAAAUUGGAAUGCAGUAUCCGCAGCGCGGUAGUUUCUCUGGGGAAAACAGACCUAUGUCACAACACCGCAAUGAUUUAUUCGUCAACGUGGCGGGUCAGGUUGGGAAGUCGAAUAGCAUUAUCUCUAGUCCAACACAAUCAUCAGUUGUCAGAGGACCUCCCCGAAAGCCCCGUCAAAGUGGACACGCGAUUUGGAUCGGCAAUUUGCCACCCCAGACAGAUCUCAUGAGCCUCGUCCUUCACGUUUGCAAAGAGACUGUUGGCCUGGAGUCAUUGUUUUUGAUAUCCAAGAGUAACUGCGCUUUUGCAAAUUUCAAGGAUGAGGCUGCAUGUGUCGCAGCACAACUCAAGAUUCAUGAUUCAAGAUUCCAAACUGUACGACUCGUCAGUCGUUUACGAAAGGCGUCGGUUGGAACUGUCGGAGGUGUUUCCGUUCCAACGGGUCCAGCAGCCUUGACACUUCCACAGUCAUCACCGAUCCCAUCGAUUGAUUCAGAAAAUGAAAAGGUCUCAAAAGCAGCUGAUGAAAAGGCACAGGACCCAGACAGGGAUUCUCCACCUCUCACAAAAGAUAAAUUCUUCGUGGUCAAGAGUCUUACAGUUGAGGAUCUAGAGCUAAGCGUACGAAAUGGAAUUUGGGCAACUCAGACACACAACGAAGAAGCUUUGAAUAAGGCAUACCAGGCGGCAGAUAAUGUCUAUCUCAUAUUUUCCGCGAAUAAAUCAGGCGAAUAUUUUGGGUACGCACGCAUGAUCUCACCCAUCAACGAGGACCCAGCAGCAGCCAUUGAAUUUGCGCCCAAAGCCCAGGCGGUCGAGGAUCCCGAUCUUCCCAAAGCGAUCUCAACGCCAGCAUCUGAAUUUGCACCCAAAGGGCGCAUUAUCGAUGAUUCAGCCCGAGGAACAAUUUUCUGGGAAGUCGAGCAUGACGAUUCCGAAGAGGUAGAUGAAGAUGAUAGAUCCCAGAGUGGCAAGAGCGAUGUGGAAGGCGAUGCGCCGUCAAAGGCUUGGGGCAAACCGUUCAAGCUUGAAUGGAUAUCGACGACUCGAUUGCCGUUCUAUCGUACACGCGGACUUCGUAACCCGUGGAACUCAAAUCGCGAAGUGAAGAUCGCGAGGGAUGGGACUGAGUUGGAAACGAGUAUUGGGAAGAGAUUGGUGGGGCUUUUUCAUAGGGUUCCAAGUCCGGUUGUACCCAGUUUGCCUCAGGUGCAGGGUAUGCCGAUGCCGAUGCCCAUCCAAAUGAUGCCUCCAGGUGGAUAUCAACAGAUGCGUUCUUAUAAUUAAGAUGAGAAGGGACGCCGAUGUGGAUAUCAAUCAGAUUGGGUGUGGAAAAUGACGUGGAAAAGUUUCUUCAUUUUUUGUGUUCAUUUUUCGUGUUGGCUCGGGCGCCCUGCCCUUCUUCUUUCAUUGUACGCAUGCAUGCUGGACAACGCACGUUAACAUUCUCUUUUGGACGAUAUUGAAGAUGAAUGAAAGGUCUUGGAUCGACGCGAACCAUGCGACCCGGACGGCAUACGAUUCACGAUUAUCACAAAAGGACAAUAUUGAGGUUAAUUUUUGAGAGAAAGAGUUGGAUUGCUUGGCGAAGCGUCACAUGAGUAUUGAGCGAGCGAGCGAGUCUUGCGAUCAUGAUUUUGAUUUCGUACCUGUGCAAUUUUGUGGUAUGUCUGUAUACGUACAUGUAGCCAUGUUGUAUUAGCCAUGUUCUCAUGUAGUUAUUGUCUAGAAAACCCUCAAAUAUUUCAAUGUAAAUUCAUUCAAUUUGCGAUGUUCCUCGUUCAUGCUCCGGCAUCUUUACUUCAAUUGUUUCCCUUCACAAAACUCUCUCCUCCAAAAUCUUACCCAAAGAAGUUUCUUCGGUAAGAUAGAAAAAAAUAUGUCGAAAUUUGCCACCUCACGCUAUCCAUAGACAAUAUCAUCCAUGCACCCAAGAGUCUUCCCCGCCUAGUUGUAUUACCGCCGGCAUUUCGCCAAACUCAAACUCAAAAUCAAACACGAUGACAAAGAUGUAAAGAUCAGACGAUUUACUCAUAAUCAAGACGGAAUAUACCGAUGAAUUGAGCAAAAGUACAAACUUUAUCGAAUAGGAUGGACGUAAGCGGCGCUCCCCCUUAAGAAUUUUUAUCGCUCGCUUAUUUACACA